CACACGGGAAACCUCGAACUUGCCGGAAGCUCUAAAAACAGAAAGUGACCACGAAGUUUGGGAAGCACAGUAGCAGUGGAAGCUUUGAAGCGUGUUGAUAUUUCUAAAGAACUCUAGUUACGUAGUGCAGCAAAUAUUCGCCACGUCAUUGCGGUCUAAAGGUCGCUGCUUAUCCUCUAAACUCGUGAGUCGAUUUGCGCGUGCUGAACGGUGAGCAGCAAGAGUGAAGACACACAUAACCUGUCACAGUUUGGCGCCCUAGAAGUGGGCAGAGUGCCAUCAUGAGUAAGGAAGACACCUCAAACAAAACAACGACAAAUGAUAGGUCUACUGCUUUCUCUGACGUAGCUACCAAGAGGUCGGAGUAUACGGUGGAAGAGAGCAGAAGAAUAUUAGCAAGCAGUGCUGAUGAUACCGGAAAAUCUGCGUUACAGAGCACGGCUGGUUCGUUUUCGUCUUCUAGCAAAUCUGUUGGUAGUACAAUGGAUGAGCGUGGUGGUGAAGUCGCUCGUUUUCCUGCAAGUGAAGUUCAUCUGAGCGGCGAUGUUCAAGAGCAAGCAUUCGAGGCUCUUCAAAAAUCCUACCAAUCACUUGCUGCAGAAUUUACAAAGAAUGGGGAAAAACAGAGGCGACUGCGAUCUCAACGAAAUGCCUACAAGUUGAUGCUCAAAGAGCUGACUAGAGGUAACGGUGGGCUCAAUGAUAAUCAACAGUUGAAAGGUAGGGUAGCUAGUCUGACAAUGGAGCUUCAGACUAUUGCUGAGGAACGCGACAUGGUCAAGGAGAAGCUGCGAGAGAUGCAGUCUAAAGAUAAUGAGAGAAGCUCGACACUAUCAACUAUUGAGCAUAUGCUAGCGUCUUACGAGAGUGAUAGUAUGAUGCAAUCUUCUGUACACGAGGGAUUGGGUGAAGAACUUCGCGGUCUCGUUCAUAAGCUUGACGUUGCCUCUAUUGAAUGCGAGAAGUUGCGGUCAGAAAAUGAAGAAUUACGAAAGAAAUGUGAAGAUAGGAAAAGUAGAGUUGAUUAUGGAGAUGGCAAGCAUCAGACGUCCUUAGAAUUAGGAAGCGAGUCUGCAAAAUUAGAUAGGAAAGUUCAGAAAGAGUCGGUUGAAGCUAAUGAUAAGCUUGAAAUUGAAAAGCAACGUAGAUUAGCUGCACAGAAGAAAGCUGAAGAGUUAAAUAUUCUGCAACAGGACUAUCACUUUCUGCUUAAAGAGAAUGAAGCUCUAAAAUGUGACAAAUCAAAACUGAAGAGAGACUGUGAGCAGUUAGAGAGUCACAUGAACGAAUUAUUGUUACGUCAAAAGGCGGUAACUGAAGAUACGGGGAUGGAUAAACGGAAAUUGAAAGAUUGUGAAUCUGAAAUCUUUGAAUUGCGUAAUACAGUAAAGAUGUCCGAAACGAGAGAGAGUUCACUGGUAAACCAAGUGGAAACGUUGAAGACGCGUCUAGACGCCGAACAUGAUAUAAAUGUAACAACACAUAAAGAACUAUUAGCGUCACAAGCUGAAGGUAAACAACACAUGGCAAGGGUGACAAGUUUGGAAAAGGAAAAUAUGGAACUCAAAGAACUAAUGAAGGCAAAAGAGAAGGUGAACAUGACGCUGCAAACCGAACUACAAAAUAACAGUAAAGUUGCCGAGGAAAUAUUGAGAUCUCAGUACAUGAAGUUCAUUGCUCGUCUUGAGUCUACGCUGCGCUUCAAAUUGGCGGAACUGGAGAGCGCGAAAAGCGAAGCGUCAAGCCUUCGAGAUGAACUCAAAUCAUUGCGUUACAACCUCGCUAUGACCCCUGCACAGAGAAGCAGCGGCAGCAGAGACAAGACAGAACAAAUGGAAACAAUGUUAAAAGAAGUUUACGAAUUGCAGCAAGAAAGUGUCAUUAUGCGUCACCUUUUGGAACAGCAGAGACCAGCAGUACAGACUAUAUUCGAAGAACGAACAGGAAGGAAGAAUACUUACCAUAUAUCACCAUCACUCUUUCAUCCACCUCAAGCCACACAGUUGGAAGCUAAAGAGAGUGAGAAAGUACCAGCCGCCACUAAAUUUCCUUCCGCAUUAGCCAAUUUCCCCUUUCUCCCGUUGUCCACGUCAGAACAUGCUGUGGGAGUGGCAACACGAUCACAACCUUCUAUUAUACGGUCACAACCUUUUAAUACACGGAAGAUGGUCAGUUAUACACACAGAAGACCGUACAGUGACUCGGAUCUUGGAAAGCGUCUGAACGGAAUGGGAGAGUCGAGUGGUCGAGCUGCCGUUUCUGGACUUGCUGGGCCUCCUGCAUUCAUGAAGCCACCGACUGCCAGCAGUUCUCCUCCGAUACGAAAACGUUAUGUAAACGUAACAGAACUGGAAAUAGAAGAGAAAGAGAGUGAGACAGCCACUCGGACAAAUCAAUAUAAACAGACAGGCGUAUGACAAUCAGAUUAGUUACUUUCUUAUAACUGUACAUCCUUCUAUUCUAUUUACGUACUUAAAUUAUGUAUUUAUAGUUUAAACGUCUAUUCAGAUGUUGCUGUAAUUGAGUUUUCAAUGAAGACCAUGCA